AACGACGAUGACGUACCCUGAAACCCCCUAGCCCAGUGGGUAUUUUCUUAAUUGAUUGCAAGGUACAGGUGCACGUUAGUUUUAACACGAGAACUUCUGCAACAGACUCAAGGAUUUUAUGCAGGAAUAUUCACACAAAAAACAUCGCUGGACGAUGAAACUUUAAUCAGAAACAUGGAGCCAACGUAAUGGAAAUAUAACUGGGAAGAUUUUUGAACUUUUGGAGGAGUUUUCCGUCCUCUAAAACGGUGGGAAAAGUAACAGAGUUUGAGAGGAAAAUGAGGACAAACGUCAGUGGUCCAGGAACCGGCAAUGGCCGAAAGAGUUGUGCGGAGUAUUCGCUGACGAACUGUCACAGAAAAAGCAAACUUUCGUCGCUGCAAAUGAGCCAGUUAUGGAGGAUUUUUAUACUGGUGGUAGUCUGGGGAACCCUCAGCAUUGCUGGAGUUGAGGGAGUAUGUGAGUGCAACAGCGCUGACUGCACUGCAGGUUGUGAUGCAGGGAAGUACUGGGACAGCAAUGCUACAGCGUGCAUAGAAUGCCCAGCUGGAUACUAUUGUCCCGGUGGGAACAGUGGCCGAGUCCCUUGCGAUGGAGGCAAGUACAAUAACAACCCAGGAGAAAGUGCUUCAUCGGCUUGUAAGACCUGCUCAGCAGGCACCUACAGCCUCGGAGCAGCUGACCACUGCCUCUCCUGUCCCUCCGGCCAUGCCUGUUUCGUGGACGGCACCAGCUCACCCACCCGGUGCGGUGAGGGUCAGUAUGCGGUCAACGGCAGCUCUGUGUGCCACCAGUGCCCCAUCGGUCACUACUGCCCAAACAUCUUUGACGAGCCCUUGCAGUGCGACUUUGGGCAGUAUUCCAUCGGAGAAGGGCAUACAACGUGCCCGGAGUGCAAAGCAGGCCACAAGUGCCCAGACAGGAACUCAUCGGUACCCUGCCCGGCCGGUACCUAUAGUAAGGUCGGGGAAGGCGUUUGCACCACCUGUCCGCUGGGAUACAUCAGCUCGGAAGGUGAAGAGUCUUGCACCAUCUGCCCUGCUGGCUACAAAUGCCCGGACCCGGCCGGCUCGGAAGUGGCCUGCGGGGAGGGCUAUGUCUCAGCCGACGGUGCGGAUAACUGCACCCGCUGCCCCAACAACCAAGUCAGCAACAGCCUUCACACGGCCUGCGAUGCGUGCCCAGCCGGCAUGAAAUGCUCAGAUCCAACGCAGACACCCACCGACUGCAACGAUGGGGAGUACUCCCUUGAGGGAGACGGUGUUUGCACGGCUUGCCCUGCUGGGCGGAGGUGCCCGACAACGUCGGCAGUUGAGUACUGCCCACCUGAUACUUACUCCCUUGGUGGUGCGACAGAGUGUACGACGUGCCCGGCCGGCUACAGCUGUACCAAUACCUCAGCCACCCAGUGCAGCCCGGGAUGGUACAGUGCAGAAGGAAGUUCAGUUUGUGCCGAGUGCGCUGCCGGCCAGUACUGCCCAGUUGACGCAUCAGAAGCCGUCACGUGCGAGGACGGGUACUACAGCGACACCGCCAGGCAGACGAUAUGCCUGGAAUGCCCUGCGGGUUCCAAGUGCGACACCAAAUCCACCGUGACAGCUUGCAUUGCAGGGACCUAUUCACUGGCACGGUCAAUGGCCUGUACACCAUGCCCAUUAGGUUACGACUGCGCGCUCCAAGAUGCAGAGCCCGUGCCAUGUAACGUAGGCUGGUAUAAUGACGACAAUAGUGGCGUAGCCUGUCAGCAGUGUCCUGAGGGCAAAUACUGCGCCGACCCCACCCAGGCACCCGUGGACUGCGACGAUGGUUCCUACAGUUAUGCAGGAUCCACGGCCUGCACCAACUGCCCACCAGGCUAUGCCUGUACAAACCACACCUAUGCAGGCAGGAUGGCAUGCCAGGCUGGCUCCUAUGCUACCGGCAAGGCAACAUCCUGUACGGUAUGCACUGCAGGCAAAUACUGCCCAAGUACAACUGACAGCUCAGAGGUGGAAUGCGCCCCGGGAACCUACUCCUACGAGGGCGCCACCACAUGCGCGAUUUGCCCCGCCGGCACGGAGUGCCCCCGGACUGAUGGGCUUGGCAUGCGCAACUGCACCUUGGGGGAAUACGCCGUCACGCAGAGCACAGCCUGUGUGGAUUGCCCGGCGGGGUACGCCUGCCCGCAGACCGACAGCGACUACAAGAUGGCCUGCAAGGGCGGGUUCUACUCCACGGGGAUGCAGAGCGAGUGCACCGGCUGCACAGCAGGCUUUUUUUGCCCCAAUACUUUCGUGGAUCAGAUGUUGGAGUGCCCCACUGGCUACUACUCCUUGGGCAACUCCUCCAUCUGCACCGAAUGCCCAGCCGGCUACUACUGCACAAGCAAGAACACAGCACCAAGUUCGAUGUGCGAGCCCGGCACAUAUUCCCUGGGCACCCAGAUUGCCUGCACCAACUGCAACCCCGGCUACUUCUGCUCCUCCAUCUACACCGGUCCCACCAAGUGCCCCAAGGGCUACUACAGCGGCCUGAACGCAGUCAACUGCACCAUCUGCGAGGCCGGGUACCAGUGCUCGGAUCAGACAGUACCCGAGGUCUGCCCGCCGGGCACCUGGUCGGAGGCAGGCUGGGUGGGCUGCAAGCCCUGUGAGGCCGGCUACACCUGCGACGAGGGAUCCACGGUGCCCAACCCGGAUGCUGACAUCUGCGAGCCCGGUGGAUGGUGCGACGGCAAGACCAGAUACGAGUGCCCGGCGGGGACCUACAACCCUAACAAUGGGUCCUCAACACAGACCAGUGCCUGCUUACCGUGCCCUGCUGGUUUCUUCUGUCCCGGCCCAGGGGACUCCGAGUAUAUCAACAACCGGUGCCCAACAGGUCACUAUUGCCCGGUUGGUACCACGUACGAGACUGCUUUCCCUUGCCCAGGUGGGACCUACAACGACCUGACCAACCAGUCAUCAGAGUCCAUAGGCUGCAAGGAGUGCCCGGCUGGCUACUACUGCCCCCAGGGUAGCUCUGGCUACGACACCACGGAGUGCCCCAGGGGCUUCUACUGCCUAGCUGGUCAGGCCUCGGGUAACGACAAUGCCUGCCCACUCGGAUACUACGGUGAUGAGCUGGGCUUUGCCAACACCACCCAGUGCAUCAUAUGUCCCGUGGGCCACUUCUGCCCCCACGGUAGCGCCGAGAGCCCCACCACGUCCCCCAACCCAUGUGAGCCGGGGACAUACAACCCCGACGAGGGGGCGGGGCAUCAGUACAACUGUCGGCUGUGCGAUCGGGGGAGGUCCUGCCCAUUGUCGGGACUGCAGAACAGCUCACACCCAUGUGCCGAAGGUUUUUUCUGUCCGAAUGGAACCAUCACUAACGACCAGUUCCCCUGUCCACCGGGGACCUAUACGGGAUCCACGGAGCUGACAUCUUCCGAAGAAUGCUCCGCUUGCCCUGCUGGCAAGUACUGCAGCUGGGCAACAGGAGAGACAGUGAACGGUCCACAGCCUUGCAAGCCGGGGUACUACUGCCCUCUACAGACGCCGAGUCCUGACCGCUUCCCCUGCCCGGAAGGCACAUUCUCCCCAUCGUCCAACCUGACCCAGCCCAGUGAAUGCACCAUCUGUACAGCAACCUACUACUGCUUAGGUGGGGAGCCGACCGAGACCGAUCCCUGUCCCCCAGGCUUCUACUGUCCCGCUGGUACCCAGUUUGCAGAGCAGUAUCCCUGCCCUAACGGAACUUACAACGAGGACUACAGUCAAGAUGAGGAGUCAGACUGCAAACUAUGCACCCAAGGUCACUUCUGUGAGUAUGGCGUCAACUCCCCCGAGGACUGCCCUGCAGGCACCUACAUGCCGUACGGCGUCAACUCCACAGACUACCUCUAUGGCACCACGGCCAAGUACCAGAGCGACUGCUUGGACUGCCCCGGUGGCUCCUGGUGUGGCCCCGGAACCAUUUACCCGAACGACUGCAAUACGGGGAUGUACUCAAAGACCAAACAAAGCACGUGCAAGACGUGCGAGGCGGGCUAUUACUGCGACAAUGUCACCACCUCCGAGUUGGACAUGUUGAACAACAAGAAGUGCCCCGCUGGGUUGUAUUGCACAACGGGACUGAACCAUGUCAGCGAGGCAACCAAUUGCAGUAUGAAGCACUACUGCCCUGAAGCCACGCCGUUUGAAGUCAACUGCCCAGUGGGUACAUACAACCCAACCACCGGCCUGGGCGACGUCAACGAGUGUACGGCUUGCGACGCUGGCUGGUUCUGCUUGGAAGGGACCGACGCAGUGACUGCCAAGUGUAACACCGGCUACUACUGCCCAACCAAUAUCACCAAUCCUUACAGCAACAAUCCAGCCACUAUCGGCUCCUACGGACCGCAGCAGGUGCCUUGCCCCGGUGGUACAUACAUAGACACCCAAGGGGGUCGUUACCUAGAGGACUGCAUCCCCUGCCCGGCGGGUUCCUACUGCCCGCUGGGGACAGGGGACCCCAUCGAGUGCCCCCGAGGUUUCUAUUGUCCAGCCAACUCCUCCGCUGCUAAUCCUUGCCCCAUUGGCAGAUACGGCAACACAACAGGUCUUCCAUCCUUAGAAAGCUGUCCGCUGUGCGACCCUGGUUGGUACUGCGAUGCUCCUGGACUGACCACACCGAGAGCCCCCUGCGAUCCAGGGUUUGUCUGCUACGAGGGUGCUACGUCGUCCGACCCCACUGACAAGGUGACAGGGGAGGUUUGCCCUGCUGGCGGCUACUGUCCACUAGGAUCUUACACCAGUUUGCCUUGCCCACCGGGGACCUACAGUAACACCUCUGGUGCCAUCAACCAUUAUGACUGCUUCGACUGUGAUCCUGGAUACUACUGCAGCAAUGCUCGAACACCAAGUCCCACAGGCCCCUGCAACCCAGGUUAUUACUGUACCGGCGGGGCCCGGACUCCCAACCAGACAGUCACCCAGCCUGGUUAUUAUUCAGAGUCUGGCGCCACGCAGCAGACCCCAUGCCAACUGGGUCACUACAUGCCGUAUGACAGGGCGGGCGAGUGCCUGAUCUGUGAGGCUGGUUUCUAUUGCCCGUUUGAAGCCAUGACGAACAUGACCGCAUGCGAAGCAGGUCAAUACUGCGGCGAGGGUGCCUACACCUUUGAACUCUGCCCGACGGGCACCUACUCCCCGAGUACCCACCAGACCCACAUUGAUAACUGCACGGUCUGCGAGCCGGGCUACUACUGCAGCGAGAACGGCGGGACCGACCGGACCGGCAUGUGCGCGGCCGGCCACAUCUGCUUCCUUGGUGCGCUGUUUGCCACGCCGGUCUACAACAAUGACUCCUCUGACGGCAAGGUGGUCAUCACAUGGGGUGACCAGUGCGCCAAGGGCCACUAUUGUGAGGAAGGCGCAACUUUCAUGGCCGCGUGCCCUAAGGGUACCUACCUGGAUUACGUGGGAGCCCAGUCAGAGAGUGACUGCAUUCCCUGUGGCGCUGGCAAAUACUGCGACCAUACUGGAGCAAUUGAGGAAACUGGUGAGUGUGCUCCUGGUUUUGUCUGCUUGGGCGGCGCAAUGCAGGACAUGCCCACGGACAACGUGACAGGCCACAUCUGUUCCAAACGGCGCUACUGUCCCGGCAGCACAGCCGAGGAGUUCGUCUGCCGGCAGGGUGAAUACUCGGACAUCGAGGGGCUAUCGGAAUGCAAAUACUGUGAGCCGGGAUUCUACUGUGCGCCGGAUGCCGACCCUGUAGAAUGUCCGCAAGGCCAGUAUUGCGUGGGUGGUGAAACUAAUGCAAAAUGGGAUCCCCUGGACUGUCUGGUUGGUACAUUUGGCAAUCGGUCCCAGCUACACGCUGUAACACAGUGUGCCACAUGUCCUGGAGGUAAAUACUGCGAGGUGCCUGGCCUGUCCACAUGGUCCGGUCUCAUCGUCCCUGGCUUCUGGGCCAUCAGAGGAGCCAUCCAGAAGGGUCCUUUUGACGAAACCACAAGCGAUGAUUUCGGCAUCUGUCCGGUGGGCUUCUUCUGCCCUGAAGGGUCGGACCACCCUAGCCCUUGCCCCCCUGGUACCUACAGUUUUUCUACCCAUCUUCCGUCCAACGAUUCCUGCACUGUCUGCGAUCCGGGCAAGUAUUGCCCAGACUACCAUGCCAACAGCUAUGCAGGGGACUGCGAUGCUGGAUGGUACUGCACCUUAGGCUCCACCUCACCGACACCAACAGAUCCCUCACAGGGAGGGGAAUGCCCGGCAGGAUUUUACUGUGAGGCAGGCUUCAACGCCCCGGUCAAAUGCGCCGCGGGGACCUUCAACAACCUGACCGGUCAGUCCUCCUGCAUGGAGUGUCCGGCCGGAUUCUACUGCGUGGAGCAGACCACCGAUCCGGCGGAUUGUCCCGAGGGCUACUACUGCCCAGCGGGGACCCAGACCGCUUACGCCAACGCUUGUCCAGAGGGGACCUUUAAUAACCUAACUGGAAGGUCUAUCAAGCUGCAGCACUGCAUUGAAUGUCUCCCAACGUAUUACUGUGGCACCCCAGGCCUGAGCUGGCCCACUGACCUCUGUGACCCUGGCUGGUACUGCCGCAAUGGUUCCCGCUUCGCCCAGCCGACUGUGGCGAAUGAGGGUGGGCGGUGCGUACCGGGUGAAUACUGCCCUCUCGGCAGCUCUCUCCCUCUGUCCUGCCUGCCGGGGAUGUACUGUGGUAGCCCCGAGCUGGACUACCCGAGUGGUAAUUGCAGCGCGGGUCACUACUGUGUGGGUGGGGCCUCGGUGGAAGAUCCGGUAGGGGUUGCUUCAGGCGACACCUGUCCCAUGGGUCACUACUGUCCAGUAGGGAGCAAGUCACCAACCUCUUGUCCGAGUGGGACAUUCGGCAACACCACAGGAAAUGAAGUGGUGACGGACUGCUACAACUGCACCCAGGGCAUGUACUGUGAAGGCCUGGCCAACACCCAGCCAGACGGUGAUUGUGUUGCCGGCUACUACUGUCCGCCGGGACAGAACAUCGACGACCCUUUCGAGUUUCGCUGCCCUGAAGGUCAUUACUGUCCCAGUGGAAGCCACGAGCCAAUCCGUUGCAGUUCUGGCUAUUACCAGGAUGAGACAGCACAGGGAUCCUGCAAGGGCUGUCCUAGCGGCUACUACUGUGACAACACCUAUGCACCGGUGGUGCUGUAUAAUAACUCUCUGUGCCCUGAAGGAUACUACUGCCCACCCCUCACGCGCUACGCCACGGAACACAAGUGCCCCCGCGGCACGUUUGGCAACCGCACUGGUAUGAACUCGUCCGAUGACUGCAACCCCUGCCCAGGCGGCUACUACUGCGAUGAAGAGGCACAGACUGGCUACACCAAACUCUGCGAAGCUGGAUACUUCUGUCGUAGUGGAGCGACAAUUUCCACACCCAACUCCACCACGGAUGCAAACGUCUGCCCAGCCGGCUAUUACUGCAUGCAGGGAACCACCGAACCGGCGCCCUGCCCACCGGGCACCUUCUCCAACGACAUCAAGUUGAGAAAUCGCGACGAGUGCAUGAAUUGCACAAAGGGAGAGUAUUGUCCAGAUUAUGGAAUGACCGCCACGGAAGGGCCAUGUCUGGCCGGCUACUACUGCCCAGAAGGAUCCAGCCGUCAAGACCAGAUUGAGUGUCCAGUAGGGAAAUACUGCACUAAUGGGACGUUUGACCCAACUAACUGCCCUAGAGGAACGUUCAACAAUGAGACGAUGAAGGCAUCAGAGGACGAGUGCUACCCUUGCUCUGGUGGCAAAUACUGUGAGACAGAUGGACUGACAGAACCGACUGGGGACUGCGCAGAGGGAUACUUCUGUCCGCCAGGCACCAUUGACCGAGAGCCCUCGGGCAACGAGUGCUUCAUCGACCACUACUGCCCCGGUGGCGUGGCCGACCCGAUCCCCUGCCCCAACUACACAGAGGCCAAUCAGACCAAAUCCUCCUCCUGUAACCUCUGCCCCCAGGGUUACUACUGCCCGGAACCUGGGGUCAGGAUGCUGUGUCCGGAGGGCUACUACUGUCCCACUGGAACCGGCGUUAACUGGCAAGCCUGCCCACGGGGCACCUACAGCGACCAGUCCGGUCUGUACAACCUCAACCAGUGCAAGCCCUGCAGGGCAGGCUACUACUGCGACAGCGAGCACUUGACCACAGAAACCAACCCUUGCUCGGCGGGUUACUACUGCGUCUUCGGAGUGGACCGACCCGAGCCAGAUGGCGACAACGCCACGUCGUGUGCGUACUACGACGGCCGGCAGACCGGUUACGGCGGGCAGUGCCCCGUGGGGCAUUACUGCGAGGAAGGCUUUAUCUAUCCCGAGCCAUGCGCUGCAGGGACAUACGCGCCGUCGGAGGGCAUGGAUGCUUGCCUGUCCUGCGAACCUGGCUACUAUUGCCUGGAAGGGUCAUCUGCUUACAACGACAAGCCGUGUCCAGCUGGUCACUAUUGUCCAGCGGGGACGGAAUCUGAUACCCAGUUCCCCUGCCCCAUUGGCACUUUCAACAACUUGACCAUGAGUACCAAUGCUAGUGCCUGCACGCCGUGCACAGGCGGUUCGUACUGCGCAAGCCCGGGCCUACCCAAUCCCACCGACAUCUGCCAGGGGGGAUUCUACUGCAGCGGUAGCUCUUCCACUGCAACUCCCUCUGGAGACGGAGGCAACAUGUGCACGGCCGGGUACUACUGCCCAGCGGGGACGUCCUACGCCAUUCCCUGUCCAGGGGGAGAGUAUUGCGCAAGGGAUGGAUUGAACCAGACAUCAGGAAUCUGCGAUCCUGGGUAUUACUGCACGCUCAUGGCAGUUGUGCCUAACCCUGAAGAUGGUGUAACUGGAGAUAUCUGCCCCAAGGGAGCCUACUGCCCUCCACAGAGCACCUCGCCCCAGCUAUGCGACCCAGGCACGUACCUGAACAGCACCCACAACAAUGACAGCAGCGCCUGCCUGCCCUGCGACGCUGGCUCUUACUGCGCCGGUGAGGGGAAUCCUGUACCGACGGACCAGUGCUUGGCUGGGUACUACUGCCCCCCGGGACAGGAAGAGCCAACACCGGACGCCUACAACUGCACACAAGGUCACUUCUGUCUGGCUGGCUCUAUCGAGCCCGUCCGUUGCGAGUCAGGGACGUACCAGGAUGAGAUUGGCCAAUCAAGCUGCAAAGACUGUCCCGAGGGAUACUACUGCGACAACACCAUGGAGCCGGUGGUGCUCUAUAACAACUCCUACUGCCCGACAGGUUUUUACUGCCCUGCCAACACCAAGUAUACCACCCAGUAUGCCUGCCCUAACGGCACCUUCAACAAUCUGACCCACCGCGUGGAGGUUGCUGACUGCCAGGCAUGCCGCGCCGGCAAGUACUGUGAGACGGAAGGACUGUCUGAACCCACCGGGGACUGCUACGCUGGUUAUUACUGUACAAGUGGCUCCAACACCCCAACGCCCACCAUCGGCAGCAAUGCCGACGAAUGCCCCGCCGGUUACUACUGCGGCAACGGGACCGCCACGCCCGAGGCUUGCCCACCGGGGACCUACAACCCGUUCAAGAGGCGCGUCUCCAUGGACCAGUGCGUGAGCUGUGAUGCUAAACGCUACUGCCCGGACUACAACAUGACAAGUGUGGGAGAUCUCUGUGAUCCAGGUUACUACUGCGCCCUGGGCGCCGACAACUCGCAGUUUCAGCCGUGCCCAGAGGGUCAUUACUGCGAGCAGGGUACCGACGUGCCAGAACCCUGCCCGCCAGGCACCUGGUCCGACGUGCAGACGCUGACCGUGGUGACCGAUUGCUACAACUGCACUGCCGGCUUCUAUUGCCCCACCAGCGGCAUGACUGUCGUGACAGAGGAGUGCUGGGGUGGCUACUACUGCCCAGGCGGUGACAGCGUACCCAACCCUACCCUCUACCUCUGCCCUGCUGGUGUCCACUGCCCCAACGGUAGCGAGAUCUACAAGCAGUGUGCCCCAGGGACCUUCACGGACUACGAGGGGGCAUCAGAGUGCGACAUCUGCCCUGAGGGGUACUACUGCCUGCCUGUCACGCCUGACAACGCGUCGUUGGCUUACCAGCCCUGCCCGGCCGGCUACUUCUGUCCCUAUGGAACUGGAGCUGACUGGCAGCCGUGCCCAGCUGGUACCUACAGCCCUGUGGAAGGCCUCACCAACGUGACGGAGUGCCGGGCCUGCGACGGCGGUCAGUACUGUACAGGACCUCACGAGACGUCAACAUCUGGUGGCUGUCUGCCAGGUUACUACUGUACAUCAGGAGUGGACCGUGAAGAUCCAGGGGCCAGCUCGGAGGCCGUCAACUGCUCCUGCCCGGAACAAACUGUCUUCACUGGUGAGGGUGGCAUCUGUCCAGUGGCCCACUACUGUCCGGCCAACUCCACCCUCCCUCUGGCCUGCGACCCUGGCACCUAUAACAACCUGACCGGUCAGUCAGCUUGCUUUGCCUGUCCGGAGGGCUACUACUGCCUGGCCCAAACCACCCAUUACAUCAACUUUGAUUGCCCCGAGGGUCACUUCUGCCCCGAAGGCACCCAAGACCCAGUUGAGAAUCCCUGCCCGCCGGGCACCUACAACCCCCACCCCAACUCCAAGGACAUGGGGGCCUGCCUGGACUGUCCGAUGGGCAAGUAUUGCGAGGGAUCGGGUAACGCCAACUACACGGACGAAUGCGACGAGGGAUGGUACUGCUCAGGUGGGGCCAGGAACCGCACGACCACGUCACAUGGUGGGGAGUGCCAACCCGGAUACUACUGCCCUAGAGGUUCAGGUUCGCCGAUACCGUGCCCCGGCGGCAAGUACUGCCAGACAUCAGGCCUGGCACUGCCCACUGCCGACUGCGACGCCGGCUACUACUGCACUGGCCAAUCCACUACCGGUACCCCGGAUGACGGCGUCCAAGGCGACGAGUGCCCGCCAGGGUUCUACUGCGAGGUCGGUUCCCCCUGGCCGGAGCCCUGCCCUCCAGGGACGUUCACUCCUUACUCCAAGAAUGAGAACAUCACGGACUGCGUGUCGUGCUUGGAUGGCGAGUACUGUGGCGAGUAUAAUCUGACAGAGCCUAAUGGGAACUGCACUCAGGGCUACUACUGCCCCCGCGGUCAGUCAGACCCUCAGGCCUAUGAGUGUCCCAUCGGUCACUACUGCCCCAGCGGCAUACAGGACCCCAUCCUUUGUCCCAGCGGCACCUACCAAGAUGAGCCGGGACGAUGGUUCUGCAAGGAGUGUCCUGCAAGCUACUUCUGCGACAAUUCCAAUGGCGUGGUGGUCAUCAACGAGACCAUCACCUGCCCCAGAGGGUUCUACUGUGAGGCAGGCACCCAACGGGCCGAUCAGACUGGCUGCCCACGGGGGACCUUCGGCAAUGACACUGGGUUUGACGAUGUCAGCGACUGUAUACCAUGCUCUGGUGGCUACUAUUGCGAGGAGGCAGGGAAAACCAUACCGACAGCCCCAUGCGAGGCUGGCUUCUUCUGCAAACAGUAUGCUGAGACUGGUACCCCGUCACAGGGAGCCAGCCAGGCCGACGUCUGCCCACAAGGUUCCUACUGUACUGAGGGUACCGAAGAGCCGUACCCCUGCCCACCAGGGACCUAUGGUGCAUCAGAGGGUCUAAGGAACGUGUCGAGCUGCACGCAGUGUCUGGCUGGGUUUUACUGUGAGAGUGAAGGACUGCUCGCUGUAGAAGGUUCCUGCCAGGAAGGUUACUACUGCCCAAUCGGCUCCAGCUCCCGUACCCAGCUCAUCUGCACCGUGGGUAACUACUGCCCGACCGAGUCAGACACGCCCACCGAGUGUCCCGAGGGUACCUUCAAUCCCUAUGAGGGCCUGAUGAACGAGAGCCAGUGCACUCCCUGUACUGAGGGAAGCUACUGUCAAACUAGAGGUCUUGAAUACCCAACUGGUCCCUGCGAGCCACGCUACUAUUGCCCGCCAGGUCAGAGUUCACCCAGGCCCUAUGACUACAACUGCACCAUCGGUCACUACUGCCCCCUCAACUCAUCAGAGCCCAUCCCCUGUGCCAAUGGAACCUACAUGAACCAGACUCAUGCCGAGGAGUGCUUUGUCUGCCCAGAAGGAUGGUACUGUGUCCUGGGCAACCUUGUCGACGUGUGCCCCAUGGGAUACUGGUGCCCAGAGGGUACCGGUUUUGACUGGCAACCCUGCCCGCAUGGCACCUUCGGCAAUGAGACAGGCCUGUCGUCCGUGGAUCAGUGCGAGCAGUGCCUGGGAGGGUUCUACUGCGACCAGUUGGGAGCCACCAGCGUCACUGAUAGCUGUGACCCAGGCUACUACUGUACCUACGGCGUGGACCGCGCCCAGCCCGACGACCUCUCCCCGGCCCUGAUCAACGGGACCUGCCAACUCCCUGGCGGGUACACCGGGGUGGGAGGGGUGUGUCCCGUGGGUCACUACUGCCCCCAGGGAUCCCCGAUGCCUAUUGCUUGUGAAGCCGGCAGUUACGCCAAUAUCACGGGCCUGGCUGCAUGCUUGGAUUGCCCCGAGGGUUACUACUGUCUUGAAGAAUCCAUUUCCUAUGACGACAAGCCCUGCCCAAUGGGUCACUACUGCCCGCUGCGGACCGAGUCCAUGUACCAGUUCCCUUGCCCGACAGGAACGUACUUGAACUCCACACACGCCACGGCGCAGAGUGACUGCUUAGGCUGCCCUGGUGGCUGGUACUGUCAACUGGAAGGGCUAGAUGACCCGACGGCUAGAUGCAGUCCAGGUUGGUACUGCUCUGUAAAUGCCACGAUUGCCAUGGACGCGACCCACGGCGGCAUGUGCCAGCCUGGCUUCUACUGCCCGGAGGGAUCCUACCGCAUGCUGGAGUGUGACCCAGGAAUGUACUGUCAGACACCGGGCCUGGAUGCACCCACGGGCAACUGCACUGCCGGGUUCUACUGUACACUGAGUGCCAACGACUCCUCCCCGACGGACGGUGUGACCGGCGACAUCUGCCCGAAGGGUAACUACUGUCCUAUAGGGUCGGCCGAGCCCCAGCCCUGCCCAACAGGGACAUUCCUGAACAGCACCCAGAACGACGCGUCUGAGGACUGCCAGGCCUGCACGGAGGGGAUGUUCUGUCCCGGUAAUGGGCUGGACCUGCCCGAGGGUCCCUGCGACGUGGGCUACUACUGCCCCAGCGGGCAGAACGUCUCGGCCCCACCGGACUACAGAUGCCCAGCAGGCUACUACUGUGAGGUUGGCUCGGCCGAACCAACUCGCUGCCGAAACGGCACCUACAACAACGAGACAGGUCAAGGGUCGUGCCUGCAGUGCCCGGCGGGGUACUUCUGCGACAGCACGGAGGAACCCGUGGUGCAGUACAAUGAGACCAACGUGUGCCCCAUGGGAUACUACUGCCCAGAAGGGACACGCUACGCCACUGAGUAUCCAUGCCCGAUUGGGACCUUCAAUAACUUCACAGGUCGUCAGGAUGUGAACCAGUGCAUCGGCUGCCUGGGUGGGUUCUACUGCCCUCUGACGGGCAUGUCAUACCCCGUUGACCAGUGUGCGGCAGGCUACUACUGCAGGGAGUAUGCGGAAACAUCAACUCCCGAACAAGGGGAGCAAGCCAACGAGUGCCCCCAGGGUCACUACUGCGAGGAGGGAACAGCUAACCCCACCCCCUGCCCCAAGGGAACCUUCAGUGAUGAGUACCAGCUAGAGAAGGAAGCUGACUGUGAGCUAUGCCCGGCUGGGGAGUACUGCGCUGAGGUGGGCAAGAACGUGACAAGCGGGCCUUGCGAACAGGGUUACUACUGUCUGCUCGGCUCCUGGGACCCACGCAACACCACCUGCCCGGCAGGGAGCUACUGCGAGACUGGUUCCGGCCUCCCCGAACCCUGCCCCCUGGGCACCUACAGCGAUGCGGAGAACCGCUGGAACGUGUCACAGUGCGGACCGUGCGACGAAGGAUGGUUUUGCAACCAGACAGGUCUAAUUGCCCCAGUUGCUGAAUGUGACCCUGGCUUUUACUGCCCAGAGGGCCAGAGUGUACCCAACCCCACGGAGUACCCAUGCCCAAUUGGGCUCCACUGCCCCCAGGGUAGCCCACUGCCCGUCCCCUGUCAGCCGGGAACGUUCACCAACCUCACCCAGCAGGCAGAGUGCCUGGUGUGCCCCGAGGGUUACUACUGCGUUCCCGAAGAGGUCGUUGAAGGGAAUUCCUCAUCUGGUUUCAACCUGUGCCACCAGGGCUUCUACUGUCCGGCUGGCACUGGUAUGAACUGGACAGCCUGCCCGCCGGGGACCUACGGGGGACGCCUCGGUCUGAAGGACGAAACUGAAUGCACUAGCUGCCCAGGUGGCCAGUACUGUGACGGCAUCACCCUAGUCGCUCCAACCAAUUCCUGCAGUCCUGGCUUCUUCUGUACCUCCCGGGUCGACCGGCCCAACCCAACGGCAUUCGUCAAUGAUUCCUGCACUUAUGAAGGGGAACACACCGGUUAUGGCGACAUCUGCCCCCUGGGCCACUUCUGCGUGGAAGGUUCCAUGUACCCAGAUGGGUGCAAUGCAGGGACGUACCAAGAUGAGGAGGGGCAGGACUCCUGCAAAAUAUGCCCCGCUGGCUACUAUUGCCUGGUCAAUGCAACCACGUUUGUAGAUACGUUAUGCCCCGAGGGUCACUACUGUCCUGAUGGUACCACAUAUGACAUUGAGUUCCCCUGCCCGCAUGGCACAUUCAACAAUUUGACAGGAGGCCAGAAUGAGUCUGCCUGCGUGCCUUGCACGGCAGGGUCUUACUGUGCUGGGGAAGGCAACAGUCAACCCACAGCCCUGUGUUACCCUGGCUGGUACUGCUACGCUGGCUCCUAUGAAGCAGAGCCUUCUGAUUCGAGCCUCGGAGGCGAAUGCCAAGCAGGUAACUACUGCCCUGAAGGCUCCUCCUCACAGACCACCUGUGAUCUGGGUAUGUACUGUGACACCAACGGCUUGGACAUGCCCAGGGGCGAGUGCGCCGCUGGGUACUACUGCACUCACGGUUCCACUACGAAUAAGCCAACAGGGACUGGAGGUAAUGAGUGCAGCACCGGCCAUUACUGCAUCGCUGGAAGCAGCUCUGAAGAGGAUUGUCCCCCGGGCACCUACCUGCCUUCCCGGAGGGCUAAGAACAUCACUUACUGCCUGGAAUGCAUAGGGGGACAGUACUGCGGGGCCAGCGGACUGGCCUAUCCUGACGGAAACUGUACACGAGGAUUCUACUGCCCCGGCAGUCAGAUUGUGCCCGAGCCCCUAGACUACCCCUGUCCACCGGGCUACUACUGUGAGGAAGGCGUAGAUGACAAAGUGCCCUGCCCAGCCGGGACGUACCAGGAUGAGCCCGAACAGUGGACAUGCAAGACUUGCCCAGAAGGGUUCUACUGUGAUGACACAAAUGGAACCAUAGUGAACUACACGGCCUACAUAUGCCCUGAAGGUCACUACUGCCCCAAUGGAACCCGCGCUGCCACCGAAUACACCUGCCCCAUCGGCACCUUCAACAAUGCCACAGGCUUGGCCAGCUCAGACCAGUGCGCCCCAUGCCUCGGCGGCUACUACUGUGGCCAGCCUGGACUGACCUACCCCUACACCCCUUGCUCGGCGGGCUACUUCUGCCGGAUCGGGGCAGAGAAGGCCGCGCCAGACCAAGGGGCUGAUGCCGCGGUGUGCACGGCGGGGUACUACUGCCCCGAGGGCACAACGGAACCCAUGGCGUGCCCGAGAGGGACGUUCAGUAACGAGGAAGGGCUGAUGAAUGUGACAGAGUGUGAACCAUGCCUGGCAGGCCAAUACUGUGAUGAAGAUGCCCUCCUCGCCCCGGCUGGCUACUGUCUGCCGGGCUUCUACUGUGAGCGCAGCUCGGACGACCGUCAGCAAUACGUCUGCCCUGCCGGCCGAUACUGCGGCAACGGCACGUCGAUACCCGAGAAGUGCCCCAGCGGAACCUACUCCAACGACACCGGGCUGAGUGAGGUGUCAGAGUGCCAGAACUGCACGGCUGGAUGGUACUGCCAGCAGGUUGGACUUACUUCAGUGGAAGGACUGUGCAUGGAAGGCUACUACUGCCCCGAAGGUUCUAACAGGCCCAACCCCAUCGAGUGUCCCAUAGGACUGCACUGCCCUGAGGGCUCCCCAGAUCCCAAGGCCUGCCCUGCUGGUUACUACACGGAUAGAACCACGCAGUAUGAAUGCAAGAUCUGCCCCAGAGGCUUCUACUGCCUGCCAGAGAAUGAGACAAUCGGGAACCCAGACCUGCAGCCAGGCAUCGCGGACUGCCCUGCUGGUUACUUCUGCACCAAUGGCACCGGUCUGGACUGGAGUGCCUGCCCGGCUGGUACAUACAGCAACCAGACCAACUUGUACAAGGUGCAGCAGUGCACAGACUGCCCGGGCGGCUACAACUGUCCCGACAACGCGGCCACUUCCUACAGCCACCUCUGCGACGAGGGUUACUGGUGCGACUCGGGUGUGGACCGCGCCAACCCAAACAACCCCUCGGAGAACGAGACCUACCCGGCGACCUGCCCGAUCCUUGGGGGUCACACAGGGGUCGGUGGGGUGUGCCCGAGGGGCUACCGGUGCCCCAUGGGGACCGUGCUGCCGAUUGGCUGUGAGGCUGGAGAAUACCAGGACCAGGAGGGACAAGGGAGUUGCAAAGUGUGCCCCGAAGGCUUCUUCUGCCUGGCCAAUUCCACCGACUACGUUGACAACAUCUGCCCGACCGGCCACUACUGUCCCAAUGGCACCACCAUGUCCAAUGAGUUCCCCUGCCCACCAGGGACGUUCAAUGACAAACCCCAACAGAUUGAUGACGGGGCCUGCGUAGCAUGUACGGCCGGAUCCUACUGCAUGGGUACAGGCAAUGACGCACCCACAUCCAACUGCAGUGAUGGAUGGUAUUGCAUCCAAGGCGCCUCUAGUUCAACCCCAACAGACCCAUCCAUCGGGGGUCGGUGUGACCCAGGGGAGUACUGCCCAGGGGGCAUUGAGAACCCCAUCCCCUGUGACCCUGGGUACUACUGUGAGAGGGCGGGGCUAUCCGCGCCUCAUCUGGAAUGCUCACAGGGUUACUACUGCACCCUGAGGGCCUCCAUCAGCAACCCCACCGACAACGUCACAGGCAACGUCUGCCCCCAGGGCCACUACUGCCCCGUGGGUUCCUGGGAGCCCACGCCCUGCCUGAUCGGUUACUACCUCGACGCCACGGAGCAAAGCGCCAACACCAGCUGCAAGAUCUGCACCAAGGGGAUGUACUGCCAUCGGGAGGGUCUCCCCACCCCAACGGCUACCUGCCAGAGAGGCUUCUACUGCCCUGAGGGUCAGGUCACAGCCACCCCUGCUGACUACACCUGUCCCCAGGGUUACUUCUGCGGGGAGGGGUAUGGCGAUCCUGAACCCUGCCCGUCUGGAACCUACCAGGACACAUUGGGACGGUGGGAUUGCAAGACCUGCCCGGCGGGGCAUUACUGUAACGCCACCAUUGGGCCUGUGGUGUGGUACGGUUCCUACGUCUGCCCAAGUGGUUAUUACUGCCCGAAUGGGACGACAUACGCGGAGGAGUUCGCCUGCCCUUACGGCACAUUCAACAAUCUGACAGGAUUAAUGAGUGAACCUGACUGCACACCGUGCCUGCCAGGGAUGGCUUGCGAUGAGCCAGGCCUGGUCUAUCCCAACAGGCCCUGCGAGGCUGGGUACUACUGCAGAAAGGGUGCCAACAUCACCACGCCCACCGAUGGCCCCCUGAACGAUGAAUGCCCUGCUGGUUAUUACUGCAUGGAGGGUACCGUGGAACCAGACGCCUGCCCAGAGGGGAUGUUCAGCCCGGCCACCAAGCUGAAGAUGGUAGAGGAAUGCCUCAAUUGCACGGCUGGCUACUUCUGCAAUUCCACUGCUCAAACUGAAGUCAGCGGACCCUGCUUGCCCCGCUUUUACUGCAACGAGUCCUCGACCCGCCCGGACCAGACCAUUUGUCCAGAGGGGUACUACUGUGAGGGGACCACAUUCAACCCUGACCCAUGCCCCAGUGGAACAUUCUCCAAUGUAACCGGUCUGGCCGUAGCGUCCGAAUGCUUAGAUUGCACGGCUGGCUUCUACUGUGAAGGAACUGCCAAUAUGGAGGUGACGGGUCCCUGUGACCCUGGCUACUAUUGCCCCCCUAGGUCCGACGCACCCACCCAGGUGAUAUGCCCAGAGGGGAAACACUGCCCUCAACAGAGCGCUGAGCCCCAGGACUGCCCAGCUGGUACCUAUGUGGACUACGAGGGCGCUGCUGAGUGCUCCAUCUGCCCAGAAGGAUAUUACUGCAUCCCUGAAUUGGUCGUGGAGGGCGAUGGCUCAACAAGCUACCACCGCUGCCCACGGGGAUUCUACUGUCCCAACGGCACUGGGCAUGACCACCAGCCCUGCCCGGCUGGCACCUACGGCCAAUCAGAUGGCCUAGCCGCGGCUGUGGAGUGCACACCCUGCGAUGCCGGCAUGUACUGCCAAAACGUGAACCUGACGGCGCCUUCGGCAGAGUGCGAUGCGGGCUUCUACUGCGUGUCUGGGGUAGACAAGCCCGAUCCUGUCAUGUUGGGUGGAGACCAGUGCCCGACGGGUACCGUGCAUCCGAUCAUCGGUGACGUGUGCCCGAAAGGCCACUUCUGUGAACAGGGGUCUGAAUACCCUACUGGUUGCGAGGCCGGCACCUACCAAGACCAAGUCCAGCAGUCCUCCUGCCUGCCCUGCCCAGAGAGCUACUACUGCUACCUCAACACCACCGACUACACCCCCAACGACUGUCCCACGGGCUACUACUGCCCUCUCAACACCCCGGACCCGUACGCCUACCCCUGCCUGCCAGGAACCUUCAACAAUCUGACCCUGCAGAAGGGCCCCGAGGCCUGUGUGGCUUGCACCGGGGGAUGGUUCUGCGAGGGGUACGGGAACAGCUACCCGACGGCGCAGUGCAGCCCUGGCUUCUACUGUUCGGGAGGUGCCAACGAAACUAUGCCAAUUAUGAAUGGUGGCGAGUGCCAACCAGGCGACUACUGCCCUGGCGGCUCAGCCCAGCCCCAGCCCUGCGACCCGGGCUGGCACUGCAACACCACGGGCCUGUCCACACCCUCGGGCCAGUGCAGCCCUGGCUUCUACUGCCCCGAGGGCUCCUCCAGUCCCGAGGAGCGGGAGUGUCCGGUUGGCCGGUACUGCCAUUUGGAGACCAGCGUCCCCGUACCCUGCUCCAAUGGCACUUAUAACCCGGCCACGGGGCAGGAUGGUCCGGAGGAUUGCCUGCCUUGCCAGGCUGGGUUCUACUGUAACGAGAUCGGUGCUUCAACCACGAGCGGCGUAUGCUCGGCUGGCUACUACUGCCCCCCUGGUCAGAACACCCCUACCCCGGCAGACUACCUGUGCACGGCGGGUCACUUCUGCAAGGACAACUUCACCAACCCUGAACGGUGUAACAACGGCACGUAUCAAGAUGAAGAAGGGAAGUCUGACUGCCUGCUGUGUGAAGAAGGUUACUUCUGCGAUAACACUGAGGCUGCUGUGGUCCACCUCAAUGCCUCGGACUGCCCGACCGGCUACUACUGCCCGCCAGGCACCCAGCGGGCCAAUGAAUACCCAUGCCCCGCGGGUACCUUCAGUAACCUGACCAACGCCAUCAACGAGAGUUGGUGCGAGCCCUGCCUAGCUGGCUUCUACUGUCUGGCGGGAUCCAGCGCAUCAGAGUUGCCGUGCUAUGCAGGAUACUACUGUGAAGGGGGAGACGCAGUUCCCAACCCCAAUAAAUGUCCUGAGGGUAGCUACUGUGUGGAUGGUAGCUACCAGCCUACCCCAUGCCCGGCAGGGACCAUAUCAUCUGGGUUAGGCAACAAGAACGUUACAGACUGCGCACCCUGCGAAAUCGGGCACUACUGCAACGUCAACAGCUCUCAAAAUGGUUUGACGCCUCCAUGCGACCCAGGCUACAUCUGCACCGGGGGCUCGGACAUCCCUGACCCCUCAGACGGCAUCAGGGGUUACAUCUGCCCCGUGGGUCACUACUGCGAGUCAGGAGCCCCCAGCGAGAUACCUUGCAACAAGGGCACAUACGCCCCACAUAUCGGUCUAGGGGCGUGCCUGCCAUGCCCAGAAAGAUCUACGUGUCCUGAGAAAGGAAUGAACACUACGUUGCCGUGCCCAGUAGGCUACUACUGUCCAGAAGGAACGGACGAUAACGGACUGUCUUGUCAACCAGGUACCUUCAGUGACCAGCUCUCGCUCAAAGAGGAAGCGGAGUGCCAGCAAUGCCUGCUGGGAAUGUUCUGCGAGACGCCUGCUCUGUCCUGGCCCACGGGCGACUGCGACGCGGGAUUCCUGUGCCUGUCCGGUGCAGCCACGUCCAGCCCCGAUGACGGCACCAACGCGCCCUGCAUAGUCGGUCACUACUGCGAGAAUGGCACCCACUCGGCCAGCCCCUGUCCUCCCGGAACCAUGAACCCUGACGAGGGUGGCAGAUCCGUUGACGACUGCGUCCCGUGCGAGGCGGGUCAUUUCUGCCAGGGCACGGGCCUGUCGGCGCCCACGGGCAUCUGCUCAGAGCGCUACUACUGCCCGAGUGAUGCUGUGAUUGACUCACCGGAACCAGCUGGCUACGAGUGCCCGGCCGGGUCAUUCUGCCUGAAUGAGACGGCGACGCCGGUGGCCUGCGACCCAGGCACGUACCAGCCCUCUACGGCCGAGACAAACUGUGAAGUCUGCCCAGAAGGUUUCUUCUGCAUGGUCAACACCAGCGCUCCCGAGCCCUGCAGUGCUUACUCCUACUGUCCUGAGGGCUCCGUCGAACCCACGCCGUGCCCUAACGGCACCUACACCAUGGAUGACGUCCGGGGGCUGAAGGAGUGGACGCAGUGCACCGAAUGCUCCACAGGGAGUUACUGCCGAGGCGGUAGGAUUGCAGGACCCUGCACGGCAGGAUUCAUCUGCUACGCUGGCGCUGACACCCCGACCCCCGAUGGAUCGGAUCCAGUCAUGGGAGAGCUAUGUCCUAUUGGCUACUAUUGCUUAGAAGGUGCCCUGAAUGUGUCCACAUGCUCACCGGGCCAAGUCAUUACGGAGCCAGGGGCCAAGAGCUCAGCGGAGUGCACCCAGUGCCCGGCUGGCUACAUCUGCACAUUCGACAGCAUCAAGGCGGAGCCAUGCACUCCAGGUUACUACUGCGAGUUUAACGAGGAUCCCAAGCCCUGUCCGAACCGGACCUACUCAGACGAAUCCCAGGCCACCAAUUCCAGCACGUGCAUGCCAUGCCCAUCUGGCUAUUGGUGCAACUACCCAGCCAUGACAGACUUCACAAUCAGUCCAUGUCCGUUGGGUUAUUACUGCCCUAUAGCUACCCCAGAGCCUAUCCCCUGCCCUCCAGGAACCUACAGGGACACGCAGGCAGCAAGAGGUCAAGAUGAAUGCUGGGUGUGCCCGGCCGGCUUCUACUGCCCCAACGACACGGCCAGCAGCUAUGGCAUUGAGUGCUUGGAAGGACAGUUCUGCCCCGAGGGAUCAUGGGAACAGAGAGAUUGCCAACCGGGAUACUACUGUAACGCUUCCUUGACCCAGGUGCCGUGCCCCGCUGGCUUCUACUGCCCAGUCAACUCCAGCUACCCCAUGCCCUGCCCGGCGGGACACUACUGUGGUGAGGACUGCGACACUGAACCCUGUGCAGGAGGUAUAGUUCCAGUCAAAUGCCCACUGGGCUACCGGGAGAAAGACGGAUCUCGCCGCUCCACGUUCGCCAACACCUGCGAGAUCUGCCAGGCCGGUUACUACGGCAACGAGCCGGACCGUGCCAAUUGCAGCAUCUGCCAGGCGGGCGUGGUCUGUCUGGAAGGGGCGACGACCGACACCCCGCAAGGCAACGACACCAGCCACGGGGUCAACGUGACCAACUCCUAUCCUUGCCCAUACGGCUACUACUGCCCAGAAGGAUCAGCCAUCGAGAUUGCCUGCCCCAUCGGCACCUACAACGACGCACAGUUUGGCAUGUCCCUGUCGGACUGUCUGGCCUGCCCAGUGGAUCACUUCAAUCAUCUGGAAGGACAAGACGGCUGCUUCCACUGCGGUGCUGAAGCCUACCAGCCUGAGAUGGGACAGGAUCAGUGCAUAUGCACCGGCGCAGGCAAACAAUUCCAGCCAAGUGACCGUAAGUGCCUGUGCAAGCAGGGCUACCAGACUCUCGUCGGACGGGAGCAGGAUUGCGUGGAGGAGGUGUACGACAUCUGCAUAGAGGGAACGUCCCGCAACCAGAAUGGAACGUGCCUAGACGCCGCUGGAUGGGAAGAAUACUGCAAAACAGGGGGCGGUUGUCCAUCUGCGGAAGUCUACCUUGGUUACGACGUGACGCUCUCGCUCUGCGUUUGUAAGGUUGACGACCUCCAGGAGAUCUGUGACCUAGAGUGUCGCCUUAGCCAACGCAACCGUAUCAGCCUGGUGUGCGACGACCCACCUAUCGUGUGCAUCGAGUACCCCAGUGGAGAACAGACCAAGAUUCCUCUGACCAGUCUCACCAAGGUGAUCAACGCACGCAAUGCCAUCUCAGCUGAUCAGUGUGAGGCUUUGGAUGGUAGCAAGCAGGUCAUUCACAUCACUGAGGCCAGCGGUCAAGGGAUGCUAGGCGUUUACGACCCAGCCCCGGAGCAGGUAGAGAGCCUGAUCGUACAAAACGCCAAGGGCCUGAACAACGCCACCACCGUCAAUGGUUCCUCCACGUACACGGUCUCGCGUCGCCGUCUACUGUCCGUCUUUGACAACUCAACGAUGACACGAGGUGGCAGCCGUCGCCUCUUGUCCAGCUCGGGGGUUCCAGGGUCCACCUUUACAGGUAUUUCUGACCCGACGGUGUGCUUGAAGUACGGUGAGACCAUGAUGUUCUACGUGGACAACGAAAACUAUCCCGUCUACGACAGAGAGAACCUGUACAACACCAAUGAGCAGUUUGACUAUGGUGGUUUCCGUGAGUUGCAGGAGAUGCAGACUCAGAUUGGAACAUCGACCACACUCUUCACCUAUCGCUUUGUGGAUCCUGGCGUGUACGUCUUCUCUCUCAGCAGCAACGCAGAGCGAAAGAUGUAUGUGCGCGUCAUGGCCCAGAAUGCACAGUGUUCAGAGGACGGACCGUUCUUCCCUGCCACGCCACGAUACAUCGUCCAGAACGGCAUCGCCGUGGGCCAGUCUAUCCUGCUGGCUCCUGAUUGGCUGACCAUCGGUCUGGUGCUCGGACUCAUCCUGAUCCUCACCAUCCUGCUGGUGCUGGUCCUGAUUCUCUUCCGCAAGUACGGCUGGGGCAAAGUCUCCUACAUCCGGCCCAAGUACCGCGCCCUGAUCCAGAACCACAACUUUGAUGACUAUGCUUCUAAGGGGUCCGCAGUGCAUCCGGUCAAGAAGUACCACAGGGCGCUGGAGGGGCGUGCUGAACAUGGGGACGGGGCAGAGGGAGGGGUCGUCAUUGACGAUUCUAUUGAACUGAAAGGUGAUGAGUAUUGGGACUAUGACAAGCAGGUUGAUUUUGAGGCCUUCAGCACGGCCGACUUCUACGGGCAUCUCGCUCAACAGUCUCGUCAUGUGACCUCAGAGCUCGGACGACAAAAAGAAGAGGCCAAGGCUCUGUACCAGAAGCUGUCCAACCAGGCCGAGAACCUCAAAGGAUUGUGGGUAGCCAAGAUGAACCUGAAGGGACGCAGUGCCCUCGCAACAGAAGGAGACCUGGAAGCAUAUGAGCGCAAGAAUGAAGAGCUCGAGAUGGAGUUGGAGCGGCGUAAGGAGCUAGGUUUCCGCUUCGAAGCCAUCUUGAAGCGACAGCUGGAGAUCAAAGAGGAAGAUGAGAAGAAUAGAGAAGAGCACCAGGUGUCAUACCUAUCAGCUCUGCGUGAAGCGGUCCGCACCCUGCAUGAUUACUCAGAGAGCACGACCAGCGGAAAGAAGAGCUUGGAGCAAGAAUUUGACAACACCACACAGAAACAUGUGAUCCGUCGAGUUGGAGCCCUGCUAGGCCGCAUGUCCAGUGAGGUAUCGGCAGAGGCCCAGCGUAUCGGUGCUUGGGGUGUGCUAGGCCAGGGCAUCGGCGCUCCCCUUGUUGCACCUGACACUAAUACACCUGUACCCAAGGAAGAGCUAUUCGGUCCCGAUGGGAGUAUACAGCGCACGGACCUUGUUCACCAGAACACGACGACGGGUCUUAUCGUACCAAACAGCGAUGCUCGCAUGCUAUUGGCCAACGGUAAAGUCAAGAACAUCCCUCCAGAUUAUUUCGUCCAUCCUCAGACCGGUAACGCCCUGCCAAUCCAGGGGAAUGUUGGGUAUGACCCCGUGACCUCCAGACUUGUCUACACCGUCGACUCCUCAGUCGGUGACUCGCUCCGCUCAGACGAGCCCCUGAUCCCCUACAUUCCUUUCCCUACUGACCCCAACACGGGCCUGCCCGUCGCCAGCAAGCUGACUGCAACCGACCGUACCGGCGAUCUCAAACUCAAUGCCCCCGUCUCGGACCCGGACACGGGCCUCAAGUGCCCCAUCGUGGCCGUCACCAUCCACCCGCAGUCUGGGGUGGCGUACCCCGUGGCGGGGACCCACACAGACCCUGUGACGGGCCUGCCGGUACCUAUUGAGAUCGGUGCCAUCAUGAUUGACCCCAGCAGCGAGCAGCCGGUUCCGGUAUUGAGUGUGGCAAUCGACCCCGAGACAGGUGACGCCAUUCCAAUUGGCGGCACUCGGCAGCCGCCCAACAGUACCCACAAUGCCUACGUCACCAUGGUGACCGGCGACCGCUUCCUGGAGCCCCUCAGCAACCUGCAGGUGCUGAUCCGCAGCGCGGGUCUGCACGACGACGAGGUGCUGCCCUCUAGUGGCGGCUAUCAGACAUUGCUGGAUGCCAACCUGAUGGCGUGCGAGAUCCGUAUACUUGAGUGCGUCAAAGCCUAUCUGGAUGCUGCUGUCGGCCCCGAGGGAAUGAACUGCCGCCAUGAACAGAGCCAACUGGAGACCGCCCUCAAGGAGCUGGUGAAAACGAGGCUGCGUUGCCGUAGUAAUCACAUCCGAGCCAUCCACAACAUCCAGCGCCGUCUGGAGCGCGCUUCCAUUCUAGCUGUCAGUGGCGGCUCUCCAGGCAUGUAUGAGCACACGGCGACCGGCCAGAUUCUACCCAUCCUCGUGGGCACCAAGAUGACGGAUCCCGGUGGCUCCGGUCAAGAGGUGGCCAUCCUGGGAGUGGAGAGGAACGCCAAGACGGGAUCACUGAUCCCGCUGGGUGGAACCAUGGAAGAUCCUGAUGGAGACGGACUGGUUCCCAUCAUGAUUGGCCGGCAAGCUGUAGAUACCGUCACCGGUGACCUGAGCCCCAUCACCGGGGUGCGCAUCAACCCUGAGACGGAGACUGUCGUCCCGGUAACCGUCUCCGCUGACAAGAAGAAGAAACCACCGCUGGGAGCGGUUGCCAUGCUGGAGGAUGAAAUUGUUGCUAGGCGGGGCUUCUGGCGUCGCCAGCGGCAACGGGAGGAGGAGCUAACGGCCCAGGAAUCCCGACUGGCCAAUCAGCUGCUGCUGGACAUGGAGAAUGUUGACGUCAGCAAGGUUGAGGAAGCUCUUGAUUCAUUUAGCGAUGCGGCCAAAUCUCUGGAGGACUCCAACAAGCGAGAGGGGACGAGACGCGUAGAGGCCACAGAAGAACUGAACAACGUCCUGCCCCUGCACGUCAUGGGAAUACUCACUCAAGGAGAUGACAUUGAGAAGUCGUGUGAAGAGCGCCACCACGCCUCCCACCAGAAGUUCGUAGACACGGUGCGCAAGAUCUACAACCGUCUGCAGUCGGAGGAGGACAAGUACAAGGAACGACUGGCAGAAUUGGAGGAUGCUCUGAAUCCCGAUGCAGAGUCAGCCGUCGUGAUGCGCUACCGGCAAGCCAAGUCUCGUCUCCAGGCUGAACUGAAGGACCAGCUCCUGACACGCAUGGAGAACCUGGACGAGGACCAUUCGGCCCUGGAGUACACCAGAGAGAGGAGUGAACUGCUCAGCCUGGAGGCCAAGGCCGUUUUAUCCAACGCAGCCAUCUUGGCCGGUGACUACGACGCCACCAUGACGGGCGUCUAUGGCGACAGCAAUGUGACGGAGCAGUCCAGUCGCGAGAUCAUUCCAUUACUGCGACAGAUCAUUGCUAUGCUGGAGAAGGGGGCGCACUUCACACUGUCUGCUGAGCUGCUGCAGGGGAUAGCCGGGGGCGACGGUGACACCAAGAUGCAUUACGGCAAGGUGGCAGCCUCCAGCAGUCGUACCGUCAUCCAAGGCGAUCAGUACAACGUCAACGUGGUGCAAGCCGACCAUCUGCAAGUACCCCAGCAACCUGGCGGCGUGUCGUUGAACGUACCAGUCCGAGCUGCGGCCUCGCUUGGCGUGUCUGCCCGCUCGGAAGUAUCAAUGCAAAGUUCGCGUGAUAUCCGCAGCAAUCUGGUGGUCAGGAACAACCUAGUCUCUCUGACCGAUGAUGACAAGCACGCCAUGGCCAAGUCCCUGUCUGAGAGACAGACCCUGGAAGCCAUCAAGCUGGAGAGCCAUCUCAGAGAGAAUGAGAUCAAGGAGAUCAACACCGUGGUGCAGGCAUCGGAGGCAAAGAAGGAAGCUAUCUUGAAGGAGAUGCAGGAGGAUUUGAAGGAGAAGCUGAGGAGCGCAUCCAGUGAGGAGGAGAAAGCUAAGAUCAUGCAGGCCUUUGUGGAAUCGGCUUCCAAGGUGGCCGAGAAAAUUGAAUCUUCCAAGCAAGACCAGCUGAAGAACAUGCAGAAGAAACUGGCCACACGCCGAGCACAGGCCAAGAAGGACUUGCACAACAAGCACCUUGAGGAGGCAAGGCAAGAAGGACUCGGGGAGGAGGUGGUGCCUGACUUGACAGCCAUGGACGAAGAGGACGCCAACAAGGAAAUGCAGCUGCUCGCGCUGAUGCAGCAACAACUCAUUGCCGAGCUGCAGAAGGGAUAUGCGGAGGAAGAUGAGGAGUUUUUGAACAAGAAGAGGAAUGGCCUGGACGCAGAGAUGGAGGAGAAAAUGAGACUGCUGAAUCUGGCCAACAGGCAGAAAGUAGCAGAUGUCGUUGAUGCCAUCCAACAGAAAACAAACGAUACCAACCGUGGGAACAGCAACCUGAAGAACAAGAUGAAGGAACGGCUGAACAAGCGGCGGCACUCCAAGAAGCACCUGGUACCGGAUGGAAUCGAACCUGGAACCGAUGAAGAGAAGCAGUAUGUACAAGUCGUGGAGUCUCAGAUGGAAGCAGACCAGCAGCGCAGCAUAGAGGCAGCCAUGGAAGUUGCUCGUACCCUAGCCGACGAACAGCAGAAGGACGAACACGAGAAAGCUAUCAAGGAGGUUCUGAGCGAUGAAGACAAGCCUGACGCCGAGGUCACUGCCAUCAUGGAGAAGUACCUGGACGACGUCGGGGAACUCCAAGGCAAGAUGGACUCGGCCCGGGAGGGGCAGAGAGCACACCUACUGGCCAAGUUGGCUGCCAGGAAACGUCUCAAGGAGGACGUCAUGGCCGAGGAUGCGGUUGCUAAGCAACUGGACCACAUCACCAAGAAACAGGUGUUGAAGGGGACAGAUGAGGGCGCUGUUGCCAUUGAUACAGUCAACAGCAAUGUCAUGGCCGACGAGUCUUUGGAGGAGAGAAACAAACUGCUGGAAGAGCAAGAAUCACGUCAGGCCCAACUCCACCUAUCCCAGCAGGCCAAGUUGAACCGACUGGACAAAGAUCUGGACAAGGAGCUGGCCGCAACGACCGCCUCGGUGGACGAGCAGCUGGAGGACCAGAAGAGGGCGCUUUUGUCACGCCAGGAGCGGGAGUUUGAGAAGGAGAUGCAGGUCAAGCGCAAGACGCUGACAGAGGACGCCUCUAAGGAACUGGUGGAGGAACACACAAAAAAUAUGGAGAAGCUGUCUCAAAGCAUGGAUCUGGAGAAAGACCGGCAGAAGGCAUCCCUAGCGGACCGCAUCGCAGAGAAACGACGUCAGCACAAAGAGCGACUACAGCAGAAGAACCAAGCUGAGAUGUCCAAGGAAAUACUGCAACAGAGAGCCGAGAGAGACCAGCUCAACAACAAACAGCUGAAGGGAGCAGAGCAUCAAGCGCUGGUGGAAUCACUGGAAGAUGAGGAGAACGGGAAAGCUGAAAACAUCAUCUACCGGGUGCUGCGACAACGCCACAUGAAGGAGCAAGUCCAACAGGAGGAGCAAAUGGAUCGGGAGAAGGAGGCAGCCAUCGCGGACGCCCGAUCCAGGAUGGCCGAGCUCUGUCAGAAGGAACGUGACACCCUGGUGGAGGCUCAGCAGAAGGAGUUCUUGGAGCUGGUAGCCAACUCUGGCUCGCUGUCGGCCGCCAACCUGGCUGAGAGGAAAGAGAAACUACAGCAGCAACACCAGAAACAACUAGAGGAGUAUGACAAGGUGACGGCCCAGCGGACGGAGCAGGCCGCCAAGGACUGCCUGCCUUCAACAGAGGUGAAACAAGCCCACGCCAGACUGGCCAUGAGAGAGAGGCAGCUCAAGGAGCUGGCUGAGGCCAUGAGGGACCUGUCUCCUGAAGAGGCUCUGGUCCACCAGUACACAGAGGCAGCCGAGAAGGCAGCUAGGGACGCUCAGAAGUUCCGGGAGCAGAAGAUGAGCCAGAUGACCUCGGAUAUCGAACGCAUCAAGGCAGAGAAGAAGAAACGGGACGAGGAGAGGCGGCACAAGAUGGAGAAAGAGAUGUCGACUUUGGAAUCAGAGCUGGAGUUGGACCGCGUCCGGGACGAGCAGCGUCAGAAAGAGCGGGACGGGCAGCGCGUGAGGACACUGGAGGAACAAAAACAGGAGAAAGAGAGACGACUGCAGCAGGAACUGCAGCAGCUGGACGGCAACAAAGAAGCCCAGGAGAAACUACUGAGGGAGCACCAGGAGAACAUGAAGCGGUUUGAGGACUCACAACGCCUGGAGCAGGAGCGGAACCAAGAGAAGACUCGGGCCCGGCUGGAGGCCCGACGACGGAAGAAGAAAGAACAGGAGAUGGAGAGGAUUAAGGGGGAGGUGAAUGGACAGGCCCAAGUGGACGACAGGCGAACCCAGGACCACCUGAAUAACAUCCAAAGGCAGGGUGCGUCGGACCUGAACGAAACCAUCAAUUCUACCACUGCGCCGGAUGCCCCCAGCGACUGGGCCCAGCGUGAGCAGGAAGCCCUGGACCGUUCCAAGCUGCCUUCCGGCAUGGAUGAGUCAGUCUUUGAUGCCUUGCUGAAGUCCCCGCUCUACAAGGACCUGCAGGAGAUCGAGGAGAUUGUCAAGAGCACUGACGCCCUCAAGAGGCCUGGGGUCAAAGGUGCCGUUUCAGACGCCUUCAUCGACAUCAAAGAUGCGCAGUGGCUCCUCUCCAACGACAUCGCACCGUUGGACAUCAACAGCAUCAGCCCAAGCCAGUUUGUGGUCUACCGCUUCGGCGUCUUCAUCGUCCGCCUCCUGCAGAAGACCAACCACACACCUAACGUCACCCUCCUGCUGGCUUCCAACCUGCCGCAGAACGACUACAGCCGUAACAUGUACCGGCGCUCCUUCUUCUACCAGCACGCCUCAAACAUCCUCUUCGUUCGGCGGGAGAGGCUGGAGUCGGUCGGAGAGUUCGUCAUGCUGAUCAUGCACUGCUUGGCGCACAUCAAGAUCGGUGAUCUCAAGGACGACACCAACCCGCUGUUCCUGAGGGAGUUCUACAAGGCCAUGAAGGUCAUUUGUCAGGACAUGUUCUUCGCCCGCUCGCGCACCACCAAUCUGACGGGGGCACUCAUCGGCGGGGCGCCCUCUAGUGGUAAGACUGCCCUGGAGCACGCAUUCAAGUACAGCAAGACAGACAGCGACAAGACCAGCGUGGUUGGGGAGUUGGUUAAUGUGAAGGUCAAAGGCCCAGUUCAGCAAGACUUCAAUGAAGAGAACAUCCAAGAGCGUUUGGAGAACGCCCAGGACAAGAGUGACAACUCUCGCCUGCGCGAGUUUCUGCAGAGCCGUGGGGGCGCUACGUCCGUCCAGGAUUUUGUCGCCUCCAGGUUACGUGAACUUAGAGGCAUGCCGUCAGCUCAGGACAAGCCAACAAUGGCCACGCCCAAAGCUGCCCCGCCCGUGCUGAAGAGCCAACGAGACUUCCUAUCCACCCAGAUCAGUGCCCUGCAGGGCCAGCUGGAUGGCCUCAACGCCCAGCUGGGCCAAGCCCUGGCCGAGAGGCACACCCUCCAGGAGGGGCUGGCCGCGCCCACUGAAGGAGAGGGAUCGACCGCCGGCGGGGAGAGCGCCACCGUUGUCAAGUCCCAGCUGAGCAUGCUGGGGUUGAAGACGGCCAACCUGGUGAAGAAGAUCGCGCAGGUAGAGGAGGAGGUGGCCCAGAAGAUGAAGGAGCGCGCAGCUGCCAAGUAGAGCAGCAUCACCCCUGACCUCGGUGUAUGACCCUUGACCCUAGCAUCUGACCUUUGACACCAACUACAUUGACAAAGCAGAUUGACCUGUGAUAUUUUUAUGUGUUUGAAUGUAUGAAUUUGUAUACGUUUUAUAUUCAAAACGUACAUUGGGUUCGGAGCAUUCCUGUAGCAAGUGCAUGGCUUUAGACCCAUGAUGUCAAGUUCAUGACCUCCGACCAACAAUGGCGAGUGUAUGACCUUUGACCUCAUGUGGCUAGUAUGACCCUUUGUACAUACUGGCAAGUAUAUUAUCAUAAACUAGCAAUAGCAAUUGUAAUAACCCUUCAAGUUGUAAUGAAUUGUUCACAUAUAAGGAAUAAUUAAAAAAUUCAAGGUUUGCACUUGUCAUUUCAAUUUUGUAGAUUUCCAGAGAUGUUUUGAUGUAGAAGCAGCGAUUUGGAUUGUGUUUGUAUAUUUUUGGUAAUUUUUCUUUAUUCAGUGCAGCUGUUAUGAACAGAAGAAUUAUUUGCAUAAAAAAAAUAAAUAAUCUUAUGAGUAGUAUUUUUUUGUAGAUUUGUGUACACAGAUUUUUAAUGUAUUUUUUAAGAGAUUCCACUAUUAAUAUAUCCGUACUGUACAUUUCUGUCAAUGUUUGAAUUUUGUGUGAAAAUUAUGAUCAGUAUGCUGAACUACAGAUGUUUCGGUUUUAUUUCUUAUAUUAGUCCUAUCCAAUGUUGUUGGGUUUUUUUUCAUUCCAAAUUCCAAAUGGAUGUUGAAUUAUUUUUUAAAAGGAUUUUAUCUUUUUUAUUUUUUAAAAAGAUUUUGAAAGUAGCAUUGUUACAAUGAUCAAAUGUAUGAGUUCUGUGUAAGUUUAAAGAUGUUUUGGACUGCUGUUCACGUUUUCAUUUGUUUCAUGUUUUUAGAAACUGAAUGUAUCUUACAACAGGACAAAUUUAGUAGCAUAUGUCCAUUUGUGUGUGAGGCAGAACAAAUUGAUAUUUUCCGUGUGCCUUUGUAACUGUUUUUCUAUUCCAUCCAUUGCGCCAUGAACAAAUUCAGUAAAUUCCGUCCGACUUUGAAAUUAUAUAUAAAAUAUUUUUUUAUGUGAGUAGAUAAUGGAGGCCAUUCUGAUCAGCCUAUGAUCAAUGCACAUUUACGAUUAUUAAAGGAAACAAUCAUGUUCAGUGCUAUUGACCCUGGCCUUGAUUCAAGUCUGGUAUGGCUGUUCCACUGUUGUAAUGGCCAGUUAAUGCUCAUAUUUUGCAGGCCUGUCUAUAGUUACCGACUGGAAUGAAGACUAAGCCCCUCCGUCCAUAAGACGCGAAAGUCUUUGUACUAUUCCGUCCUUUUUGAAAGCCGCCUAAAACUCACGCUAUUUGAGAAAAAAAUGUAUACAAAUAAAAAUGUGCUCUUAUAAAACGUCUUUAAGAUACUCAAUUUUAAUAAAAGAAGACAUUUAGCGACAGAAAUUGAUUGAUUAAUCAUUCUAAUGCUGAUUCAAAUUAUUUUUUAGUAGCAUAGGCCUACUCACUUUUUUUCAAUGAUGCUUUUCUAUAAACUGAAUUUAGGUGUCGAAAUUCUCGACGUUUGCAAGUGUACAAAAUCAUAGAAUUAGUUUUUUAUUUGGGAAAUUAUCUGUAAAUUUCUGAAUGUUAAUGAGAACUAUUUUGUCUUUCAAAUUUAUAAGAUUUUACUGAGUGCUAUAAUAGAAUUGAUACGAGAUUUUUAACAUUUUGAGGACGCAAUUAUUUUAACUUCACUCCACUGGUGAGUUUAGUUUAGCUGGAAAUAUUGUCACUUUGUAGAUACAUUGUAGAUGUUUUAUAGUACGCAGUGAAUAAAACAGUUGCAUUUUGUAAA